AUGAAAAUACUUAAUCUUUAAUCAAAAUUCUUAACAUAGGUUUUGUAUAAAAGCUUCUCUAAUGUGAGCAGUUAGUUUGCAAUUAAAAAAUCUUCUUCAAUGACUCCUAAAGAAGUAGUAGAAUAUUUAAGCUAACAUAUUAUUGGAUAGGAAUAAGCCAAAAGAGCUGUGGCAAUUGCAUAUAGAAAUCGUUGGAGACGCCAAUUUUUAGAGGAGGAUUUAAAAAAAGAAGUAUGCCCAAAAAAUAUUCUGAUGGUAGGCCCUACAGGCUCAGGUAAAACUGAAAUAGCACGUAGAUUAGCUCAAUUAUCAGAUGCACCUUUCAUAAAAGUAGAAGCUACAAAAUAUACAGAAGUAGGUUACCAUGGAAAAGAUGUAGAAUAAAUUAUUUAGGAUCUUGUUAGAACUGCAGUAAGAAAUGCAAAAGCAAACCAUAAAAAGAAUAUUGAAAAUGCCAAACAAAUUAUUGAGUAAAUUGUUCUUGAUUAGAUAGUUGAUGCCUUCUUAGGACCUAAUUUUUCUAAUGAAGAAGUUAGAAAUAAAAAGCGUGAAGAUAUAUCCAAUAAUUUAAUGGAUGAUCGUAGAAUUACUGUUGAAUUACCUCAUGAUUAUUGGGAAAGAGUUAAUACAAAGGGAUCUUUUCAAAAUAUUGAUGAAUUUUUAGAUUAUAUUAAAAAUUUCAAGUAAGGUUUAAACCCUAAAAACGACUAGCAACGUUUGACAGUCAAAGGUGCUCGCAGUUAACUUUAUCAAAUUUAUGAAGAAGCAUUGGAGAAAAGUGUUAAUUAUGAAAAAAUUGCAAUCCGUUAAGUUGAAGAAGAAGGAAUAGUUUUUAUUGACGAAAUAGAUAAAAUUGCUACCUCAGGCGAAAUUUAAUAAAAUUAAAAAUCUCCCAGCGCUGAUGGUGUUUAGCGUGAUUUGUUACCUUUAAUAGAAGGUACAGUAGUAUCUACUAAAUGGGGUGAUGUAAAAACUGAUCACAUUCUAUUUAUUACAGCAGGUGCUUUUAGCAUGAGUAAGCCAUCCGAUUUAAUUCCUGAACUACUUGGUAGACUUCCAAUACGUGUUGAACUUCAAUAACUCAAAAAGAAUGAGCUUUACAGCAUCUUAAAGUUCCCUAAAUAUAAUAUGAUCUUUUAAUAACAAUAACUUCUUAAAUAGGAAGGUCUCAAUAUAUAAUUCACUGAUGAAGCUGUCAAGAAAAUAGCUAUUUUAGCUGAAUAAGCUAACACUUCAUUAGAAGAUAUUGGUGCAAGACGUCUUCAUGAACUUAUUGAGCGCUGCUUAGAAAACAUUUCUUUCGAUGCUCCUUACCUUGAGCAAAAGGAUAUCGUGAUUGACUAACAAUUUGUUGAUAAAACUUUACAAAAAUAUAUGGAGAAAGCAGAUUAUAGAAAAUUCCUUAUUUGA